AUGCCCCACAUGCUUAACAAUGACAGUUCCUUCAGCUCCAAGCAGGAACUCUUGGACUUGCAGGAUGUUGCCGUGGGCUUCAGUUUGGACUCGCCCAGCCCGGUGGAGUCACCGGUUAACACGCCCAUUGGCUCUGCCCUCUGCAGCCCUGCAGGAGAUGCCCCUAUCAGGACCGUCGAUCACCCCGAGACGCCGGUGGGGGUUAAUUUUUUGCCAUCGGACACUGAGAACCUGUGCGGAUGGGGGGCUUUGACCCCUCGCUGCAUCCAGAUCUUCAACACACCACGCUGGGUGCUCUUCUUUCUGUGUGUGGCCUCCUUCCUCCAAGGCAUGAUCGUCAACGGCUUCAUCAAUACCGUCAUCACGUCCAUCGAGAGGCGCUUUGAUCUGCGCAGCUACCAGGCCGGACUAAUUGCAAGUUCCUAUGACAUUGCUGCCUGCUUGUGCCUGGCAUUCGUGAGCUAUUUCGGCGGGACGGGCCACAAGCCCCGCUGGCUUGGCUGGGGAGUUCUCAUUAUGGCCGUCGGCUCUCUGGUGUUCGCCCUGCCGCACUUCACCACCCCGCCCUACCAGGCAAGGAUACAGGAUCGUACUGGGCUGUGCUCGGACAAUAACACAGAGUCCUGCCAGAGCAGUAGUGGAAGUGGACUUUCCUCAUACCGCUUCAUCUUCAUGCUGGGUCAGUUUCUGCAUGGAGUUGGAGCAACACCCCUGUACACGCUCGGGGUCACUUACCUGGAUGAGAACGUCAAGUCCAACUAUGCACCCGUUUAUAUUGGAAUCUUCUAUACAGCGGCCAUUGUGGGUCCGGCAGCUGGGUAUCUGCUGGGCGGCUUCUUCCUCAACAUAUACACAGAGAUCGACCAAACAACCACUCUGACUCCGGAAAACCCAUUAUGGGUUGGUGCAUGGUGGAUCGGCUUCCUGGCAGGAGGAGCUGCCGCUCUCAUUAUUGCUUUGCCCAUUCUUGGCUACCCACGGCAGUUACCAGGCUCUCAACGCUAUAUGGCCAUGCGUGUGUCUGAAGCUCAUCAGCUAAAGGAUGGCAGUCAGGUGACAGCCUCUGAUCCUCAGUUUGGCAAGACGGUAAAGGACAUGCCCAGGUCAGUUUUGCUCCUGUUUAAAAACCCCACAUUUAUUUUCCUGUGUCUGGCUGGUGCUACAGAAGCCACUCUCAUAGCUGGCAUGUCCACAUUUGGGCCCAAGUUCCUGGAGUCUCAGUUCAGCCUCAGUGCCUCUGAGGCAGCCACUUGGUUCGGCUACAUGGUGGUUCCUGCUGGCGGAGGUGGCACCUUCCUGGGUGGUUACAUUGUGAAGAAGCUGAACCUGCGCUGCCGUGGCAUCAUUCGCUUCUGCAUGCUGUGUGCCCUGGUGAGCCUGGUUGCUAUUUUUGUUUUUUUUCUGCACUGCCCUAAUGUGCCCAUGGCCGGAGUGACUGGACCUUACCACGGCAGCUAUCAGCACACCAGCUCCUUAUACACUCAGCUCCAUGGAAAUCUGACAGUAGGCUGUAAUGCAGGAUGUCACUGUGUGAAGGAACUGUAUAACCCAGUGUGUGGAGCUGAUGGUAUUAUGUACUACUCCCCCUGCCAUGCUGGCUGCAGUGCUGUUAACCGUACGCACAGACACGCAGAGAAACAGGUGUUCACAGGCUGUAGCUGUAUAGUGGGUAACAUGUCCAGGGGUGAGGAUGGCAUAGCUGUAGCAGGAAAGUGUAGCUCCUCCUGUAACCACAUGCCAGCCUUCCUCACCUUCUUCUUCAUCAUCAUCUGCUUUACUUUCCUCUGCAGCAUCCCAGCUCUUACUGCCACACUCCGGUGUGUUCCUGACAGCCAGAGAUCUUUUGGACUGGGCAUCCAGUGGAUUGUGGUGCGAACACUUGGUGGCAUCCCGGGUCCGAUCGCGUUCGGCUCAGUGAUUGACAUCUCGUGCCUGCUGUGGCAGGAACAGUGCGGAGAACAAGGAUCCUGUUACCUUUACCAGAACUCUGCAAUGAGCCAAUAUACACUCAUCGCUGGCAUCAUCUACAAGGUUUUGGGCACCGUGUUCUUCAUGUUGGCAAGUGUGCUGUACCAGCCUCCUCCAGAAUCUCCUCAGAGUAGUUGUGAGAACACAGACCAAAGUGCAGGAGGUCGCGUCUUAGAGGGUGAAGAUCUACCGAUCAAAGACCUGCCACCUGAGAUCAUAGCCAAUGUUCAUGCCAGGCUGUGA